UGUAGGUCCGUCCGGCGCUUUAUGGAACCACGUGACAGUGUCACACGUGAUCGCAAAUCAUGUCCCUCUAAAGCUACCCCAUUUAAACGCGGUUGGCGCAAAGGCCAAACAUACAGCCAUUUCUUUGUUGUUGUUGUUUUUUUUUGUGUGAUCUAUUCAGAGCCUGGGGGCCUAAUCGCUUACAUGUCCAAUGAGGGGCGGGGCACUCGUCAAGAAGGUCACGUGACACUUACACGUGAAGCGCGCGUCAUAUGUCACGUGCAACGUGUCAGAAGCGUGUUCCCAGGCCUCGUGUAUAAGAAAUUUUCUCUUCUUGUCGUUGUCCUACUGCCAGCAACCUUGACCGAGAGUUUUUUUUUUUUUUUUUUGCUCUCUCUCUCUCUCUCAGUUUCGCCACCGUCGCUGAUUCCACACAAUAAAGGCCUGACCAGAGCAUUUCAUGGCCAAUCGUUGUCACCACAACAGCGUGGUACACGGCACAGAAAUCACAGCUGUCCUGAAAUACGCUGAAAUAAUACAGUUUGCGUCCGCCAGGUAAAAUUGACAUCUUCACCAUACAAGAUAUAGUCAUAUAUCACGAGGCGACUAGCAGAAAUUCCAUUACCAGCGGCAUGGCCGAGCGAGCUCGUUGGUGGUCGUGCUCAAGGCUAGGAGGAGGUGGGUUCGAAUCAUACCCCGGCUAUGCUGUCUGAGGUUUUCCCGGCAAACCUUCCAGACGAAUGUCGGCACGGUUUCCUUUGAAGUCGGCCCAGGACGCAUAUUAAACCCCCUGUCCCCCACUCCUUCCUGCUGUCCUCUCUCCAUCUGUCCACGUCUGGACGCCGUUCACAGCCACAGUUGCUUCGCGGCGCUAACAGAAAAUCGAAGAAAAAAAUUCAAUUGUCACCAGGUGUUACCACAUAUCAGAUUAGCUCGUGUCCCCGCGCACCCAAUUCGCCCUUUCCCACAAAAUAUAAAUAUUUUUUGAAGACGGCGCGUUCAUUAUCGAAAACCAAUACCGAGUGGGUACUCCCGAACCCGUAAAACAUGUUAGUUGCAUUGUGCAGCCCCCUAGUUUCGGCGCCACAGAGCCAUCCAUGUUGUCUCACGGAAAGCCAUGGCAGGACAGAGUAUCCACUUGAUGGCAUGAAGCGGACUAGGGCAACAACAACGACGCUUUAUUUUGGUGAUUGUCAUGGCGAUGUCCCAUCGCCUUUCAUGCGAUACUCUACCCCAGCAGGUUGCAAACGGUGACGGCUCUUGAAGCCGAUCCGCAAUGAACAACUGGGGAACAUCCAUGGUAUAGAAGCGAAAAAAAAAAAUGCUACGACACCAUAUUUGACCCAUAUAUUUACCCAUAUUUGACUGCUCUACCAGCAUCUGUACCCUCAGAAGUAAACUCGGAGACGUCGAACACCCACGAAACGUCAAUAUCGCACGUCAGCCACCCGGUCUUCGCCUUGACCAUGCGGAGGGAAACCCUGUCCCCCUGCCAAGACAGCGGCGGCCGCUUGGGCCUUUCACGUGAGAGAGGGAAGUCGUAAGAAAAUGGUCUACCUUUAUAAAACAGUGGCACAAACCGUGGUUCCGACGCAUAUCUCUGCAGAUGCUUCGCACGGCAACACUGAACCAUCAUGGCUGCUACAUCUUUCAAGACUUUUACACUCCUACUAUCGCUUUUCGUGUGGACAGUGUCAACAUCGCCAGCGAAAGAGUUGGAGUCCACUGUUCUUCUCGAUGGCAGCAGCGGUGUCUUUGCGGAUUCCGGUGAUGGGCUACGGGAACAUCGUGAAGGAGGACUUGCUGUCAGCGCGUCCGACGAGGUGCGAUCGGUGUUCCCUGAGGAUCGAAUGUCAAAACGAGCACCCAGCGUGGAGCUCGAAGAGUCAAACAGCCCAGAAACGACAGAAGUAAUUGAAGAAACAACGACUGAAGGCAUUGUGAGUUUAGAAGAGCCACUUCAGGAAAUUCUCGGCCGAAUUACGAAGCAAAUGCUACCUAAGAUGUUGGAGUUGGCUUACGAUCCGGAGAUGUCGCAAGAAUGUGUGUCAAGUUUCGUCAAACUGGGAAAAGCUCUCGGGACUUAUGAAGUCUGGGCUCUGAAAAUGAUCGACGCAAUGGGUAAGCCACCAGCUGGCGCUCUGGAAGGCGCUUUGUCAGGCAUGGGAUCGUACGACGAGUGUCUGGGCAUCGUCGCCCCAAAUAACGAUGGAGAAGAAGAUUUUCGCGGCCAAUAUUGCAGCCUGUACACGAAGCUACCGUCGAACCCACUGCUAGACAAGCUUGCGCCUAAGUUCAUCGAAAGCAACCCUCUCUUCCGCCAGUUUAUAAAGAAUGCAAGCAAUUUAGCGGGCCUUCAAGACGAUCCUUUUGUGCUCGGCAUGAGAUUGGGGUUGUGCAUCCCAUCCACAUGUACAGCCAAGGAGGUGCAUCAUUUAGUAGAAAAAUUUACGAAGAAAUAUGGUAUCAGGUCCCAGGUGAUAGCGUGCAAGAUUAAGGGGCCAGUAGAAAUCAGCAACACGCAGAUGGGACUAAUAUCAUUCGCUAUUGCCUUGGCAUUCCUGGUGGGCCUCGCGUCUUCAGUGGACAUCUAUCGACGCAGAAGCGCGAGCAAGGGCAUGAAGAAGCCACCCGUGACAAGUAUCCCUAUGCACGCCCUGCUCGCCUUCUCGGCUGUGACAAACACGGAAAAAAUAUUCAACGCAUACGCUGAACCAGGCAGCUACACUGAGAAGCUCCAAAGUGUCCACGGCAUCCGUGUCAUCAGCGCCCUCUGGGUCGUGCUCGCUCAUGUCUACUGUCUUGUUGAUCCAACCACCUACGGGAGAGCAGUCUCAAUUCUGGAAAUGCUCAGUGAUCGUUCGUUCGGCGUAAUCUCCAACGGUUUCCUCAGCGUGGAUACCUUUUUCGUGCUGAGUGGCUUCCUCGUCACAUACUCUGUAUUGACAACAAAGAUGAAGCCAGGGCCACUCUCAUUCAUCGUGACAUUAUACAGGAGAUAUGUGAGGCUAUGUCUACCUGCAGUCUGCAUAGCGGGAAUCUUAAUCGUCUUCCCAUUGCUGGUUAGUGGCCCUGUAGUAGACCAACUUAUCCACUUCGUGAAUGAACCGUGCGAAGGGCACUGGUGGGAUAUCCUUGCAGUCAUAUCCAACUACAGGCCAAUCGGAGACCAGUGCGGUCCCCACCUCUGGUAUAUUGCGGCUGACUUCCAAAUCUACGCGGCUCUGCUCAUCUUCAUAUUCUUGUUGAGAUGCAAAAGACCGGCCCUGGGCAUUACCGGGAUUGUCGUCGCAAUAGUAGCAACCUGUGUAGGAGUUGCCGUCGAAGUGUACGUCUACAACUUCCCUGCCUACAACCACGUAGAUGCUACGAGUGUAAUGAAAACGUUGACGUCUUCCAUGGAAGUUUACCUUAAGCCCUUCUGCCACACCGCUCCCUUUGCGACGGGUAUACUGGCGGCCUACUUCUUCAUCCGAUACCCGUCCGUAAAGAUUCACAAAACUGUGGUUAUGGCAGCGUGGGCUGUGGCCGUGGCCACCGGCCUUACUGUGGUGUAUGCCGUACAGGACUGGGGGGCCGGUGUAGAAUACACUAAGAUCCAAGGGAGCUUCUAUGCCGGGCUUCAUAGACUAGCCUGGGGCCUGUGUGUGGCCUGGCCCAUCUACGCUUGUUCCACUGGCCGCGGAGGUUACAUCAAUACCGUACUCAGUCACUGGAUCUUCGUGCCAUUCAGCAGACUAAGCUUCAGCCUCUACCUGGUGCACAUGCCCGUUGUUGUUGCCAAGGCCGCAUCGGUCAGGUUGCCCGUGGAAUGGACGCAUUGGUUUGUGGCAAAAGACUACAUCGGACUCGUCGUUAUCAGCUACAUGUUCGCCUAUCUCUUCGCUAUCUUCUUCGAAGCCCCCAUCGUCAACAUUGAUAAGCUGAUCUUCGAUACGAUACCCAAAAUGAAAGCUGGCCGUGUUGAUGAGCACAACGAACUGAAGGUCACCGUGGACUCGACCGAGCAGACAAAUAUGCCCAACAAGACACACUCUCUACAAGCAGUGUUUGUACCGCCUGUGAAUUCUUCCAAGAUAACCAUCAUGGCUGCUAGCUCUUUCAAGACUUUUGCACUCCUACUAUCGCUUUUCGUGUGGACAGUGUCAACAUCGCCGGCGAAAGAAUUGGAGUCCACUGUUCUUCUCGAUGGCAGCAGCGAUGCCUUCGUGGAUUCCGUUGAUGGGCCACCGGGACAUCGUGAAGAAGGACUUGCUGUCCGCGCGUCCGACGAGGUGCGAUCGGUGUUCCCUGAGGAUCGAAUGUCAAAACGAGCACCCAACGUGGAGCUCGAAGAGUCAAACAGCCCAGAAACGACAGAAGUAAUUGAAGAAACAACGACUGAAGGCAUUGUGAGUUUAGAAGAGCCACUUCAGGAAAUCAUGGGCCGAAUUACGAAGCAAAUGCUGCCUAAGAUGUUGGAGUUGGCUUACGAUCCGGAGAUGUCGCAAGAAUGUGUGUCAAGUUUCGUCAAACUGGGAAAGGCUCUCGGGACUUACGAAAUAUGGGCUCUGAAAAUGAUCGACGCAAUGGGCAAGCCACCAGCUGGCGCUCUGGAAGGCGCUUUGUCAGGCAUGGGAUCGUACGACGAGUGUCUGGGCAUCGUCGCCCCAAAUAACGAUGGAGAAGAAGAUUUUCGCGGCCAAUAUUGCAGCCUGUACACGAAGCUACCGUCGAACCCACUGAUAGACAAGCUUGCGCCUAAGUUCAUCGAAAGCAACCCUCUUUUCCGCCAGUUUAUAAAGAAUGCAAGCAAUUUAGCGGGCCUUCAAGACGAUCCUUUUGUGCUCGGCAUGAGAUUGGGGAUCUGCAUCCCAUCCACAUGUACAGCCAAGGAGGUGCAUCAUUUAGUAGAAAAAUUUACGAAGAAAUAUGGUAUCAAGUCCCAGGUGACAGCGUGCAAGAUCAAGGGGCCAGUAGAAAUCAGCAACACGCAGAUGGGACUAAUAUCCUUCGUUAUUGCCUUGGCGCUCCUGGUGGGCCUCGCGUCUUCAGUGGACAUCUAUCGACGCAGAAGCGCGAGCAAGAGCAUGAAGAAGCCACCCGUGACAAGUGUCCCUAUGCACGCUCUGCUCGCCUUCUCGGCUGUGACAAACACGGAAAAAAUAUUCAACGCAUACACUGAACCAGGCAGCUACACUGAGAAGCUCCAAAGUGUCCACGGCAUCCGUGUCAUCAGCGCCCUCUGGGUAGUGCUCGCCCAUGUCUACUCUCUUGCAGAUCCAACCACCUACGGGAGAGCAGUCUCAAUUCUGGAAAUGCUCAGUGAUCGUUCGUUCGGCGUCAUCUCCAACGGUUUCCUCAGCGUGGAUACCUUUUUCGUGCUGAGUGGGUUCCUCGUCACAUACUCUAUAUUGACAACAAAGAUGAAGCCAGGACCUCUCUCAUUCAUAGUGACAUUAUACAGGAGAUAUGUGAGGCUAUGUCUACCAGCAGUCUGCAUAGCGGGAAUCUUAAUCGUCUUCCCAUUGCUGGUUAGUGGCCCCGUAGUGGACCAACUUAUCCACUUCCUGAACGAACCGUGCGAAGGGCACUGGUGGGAUAUCCUUGCAGUCAUAUCCAACUACAGGCCAAUCGGAGACCAGUGCGGUCCCCACCUCUGGUAUAUUUCGGCUGACUUCCAAAUCUACGCGGGUCUGCUCAUCUUCAUAUUCUUGCUGAGAUGCAACAGACCAGCCCUGGGCAUUACCGGAAUUGUCGUCGCGACAGUAGCAACCUGUGUAGGAGUCGGUAUCGAAGUGUACGUCUACAACAUCCCUGCCUACAACCACGUAGAUGCUACGAGUGUAAUGAAAACGCUGAUGGCUUCCAUGCAAGUUUACUUCAAGCCCUUCUGCCACACCGCUCCCUUUGCGAUGGGUAUACUGGCGGCCUACUUCUUCAUCCGAUAUCCGUCCGUAAAGAUCCACAAGAUUGUGGUGCUGGCCGCAUGGGCUGUCGCCGUGGCUACCGGCCUUACUGUGGUGUAUGCCGUACAGGACUGGGGGGCCGGCGUAGAAUACACUAAGAUCCAAGGGAGCUUCUAUGCCGGACUUCAUAGGCUAACCUGGGGCCUGUGUGUGGCCUGGGCCAUCUACGCUUGUUCCACUGGCCGCGGAGGUUACAUCAAUACCGUACUCAGUCACUGGGUCUUCGUGCCGUUCAGCAGACUAAGCUUCAGCCUCUACCUGGUGCACAUGCCCGUUGUUGUUGCCAAGGCCGCGUCAGUCAGGUUGCCCGUGGAGUGGACGCAUUGGUUUGUGGCAAAAGACUACAUCGGACUCGUCGUUAUCAGCUACAUGUUCGCCUAUCUCUUCGCUAUCUUCUUCGAAGCCCCCAUCGUCAACAUUGAUAAGCUGAUCUUCGAUACGAUACCCAAAAUGAAAUCUCGUCGUGUUGAUGAGCACAACGAACUGAAAAUCACCGUGGACUCGACCGAGCAGACAAACAUGCCCAACAAGACCAAUUCUCUACAAGCAGUGUUUGUGCUGCCUGUGAAUUCUUCCAAGAUGUAACGCCUCCUUGCUACCUUUGGAUGCGGUUGACGUAGGCACGCUUAUCGCUACGUUAUGUAUCGAUAAGUAAUUGCUACCAGGCAAGCACAACGGACUUCUCUUCGGGUACUUGUGUACAAAGAAACCGCAGAUGUACCAAAAAUCAGCGAAGGGUUGGUGCAGCCGCGUCCUUAGUGACUCAGAUUUUGUCAGUAUUAGCACGCUGGUCUUCUUGAGUUUUGUUCCAUCAGCGGUACGCCAAAUGUACGAAUAUUAUUCUAGUCAUAUGUUCAAACGUGAUGUGUAAAUAUACUACUCGAGGAACAUCGUCAGCGGAGCUUUGAAGCGCAUCUUCUUUGUUUCUCACAUCCGAAGUGCUUCCCGAUGCAGUCAUUUCUAGUUAUACUGAGUGACAGUACGAAUUUCAAAACGUAUUUCAUGGUUGAAUGUGGGAUGCUGUCGAGGGAACUUCGCUGCAUGCAGUUCGGAAAUGUGGAAGUACCAGAACCGGAGUACCUCCAUUUAGCUUUACGUCUCGCAGUUGUUUCGCUAGAGGGCUUGAAGGGAAUGGCUGCCCAGAGAGGCUACUUUUAAAGGCUGCAUAGAAUGCAGUCGUUAUUUGGUGUUACUAAAUUUUAAUUACAUAUAAAAAGAACAUCCGAAGAUCUGACAAGCGCAACAAGUUAGUAAUAUAGCUCCCGGUAUCUCCUUUUGAACUGGAUUUUGUGAUACAUUUCUACCGGCUAUCCUAAUGCAACCAUUACUACACCAGGAGGUGACGUGUAGCAAAUUCUUGAUGAUGAUAACGAUGGUAGGAGAAAAAAUAUGGAGAUGUGAGCCCGGUCACCGCGGGACAGGCUAGUCCAGGCCUAGUAGAGGCGAAAAAAGGGGGGGAAACGUCUAAAAAGACGAGAGCUCUGCUGUUCUAGCAAACUGUUCUUAGUCAACAGCCGUGAAGAUACCAUUGCCACAUGUUCCGACUUGUUUGCGUUUCUUUGUUUAGGUUAUGGGUAAAUUAUUUGAUGUUCUGUAAAUCAGAUUCACCUCUCACUCUAUUAUGCAUUCCACGAAUGCAAUUACUUACCCCGGGUAAGGAGUGCUUGUAAAUAUUUACUGACGAAAUAAACGAGAUUAUAUGUACGAUG